AUGGCUGCCAGGGUGUUCACUAUUCAUGAAAGCCAGCCUUACAGCGAUGUAUGUGAUGAGGAAGGGGGUAAGCAGGGAGCCAUUGACUUCAAGGCACAGAUGCAUUUGCAGGAGGGUGAGCCAGGAACCAUGGAUGCCAACAUUCAGAGGCUAGUGAAGGAGGGUAAGCCGGGAGCCAUGGAUUCCAGUGCACGAUUGCUAAUACGAGAGGAGGGUAAGCCGGGAGCCAUGUAUUCUAAUUCACAGAGGCUCAUGCAGGAAGAGAGUAAGCAGGGAGCCAUGGAUUCCAAUCCACAGAGACUCAUGCAGGAGGACAGUAAGCAGAUAGCUAUUGAAUCCAAUGCACAGAGACUCAUGCAAGAGGACAGUAAGCCUGAAGCCAUUGAUUCCAAUGAACAGAGGCUCAUGCAGGAGUUUCCAAAGCACAAUUGGCUCUUCACCAAGUAUCAGAAUGCCAUGAUCAGUCAUGCACCGUCACCAAGGUGCAGCAGUAGUAAGGAUGGAGGAGAAGGAUUGGCUAAGGCCAAGAAUACCAUACAGUCCAAGAAAAAGCAAGAAAUGCAGCUGCAGAAGUGUUCUAAGGACCAAAAUGGCGAAAAUAUCAAGACUUUGCCAAACCGUUCAUUAAAAUGUUCGUCAAUAAGCAAGGUAAAUAGUGCCUCAGAUGUAUGUGGGGAUGACAGUGUGAUUAUCAAGGUCAACACCUCAAAGACAACUUCUGUUUCCAACAGUAGAACAGCCAUAUCAAAAAAUGAUAUUGAUGAACAUUUGGACAAUUUAGGUACAAGCAAAUUAAAACAUGGAAAUAACUGUGUUUCACAGCUGCAGGAAGAACAUGAAAUACCUCAAGGAUAUACUAAGCAGUUUGUUCGGAAAAAUCAAGUGCAAUCCAAUAACUUUAAUUGCAAUAAAUCAUUCAUAGAUACUUACAACGAAUUCGUAAAGCGGACUACUAGUAAUAACAUGAAUGAUGAUGAAAUGAAAGAGCUCAAAUAUGCAAAAGAAGAUCUAGGGAAAGUGCCGAUUUCUGAACAUCUGGCUGGCUUGGAUGCUGGAAUUCAGGAAAGAUGUAAAGACCCUGUGCUUGCAGAGGUGUCCCCUAUCACAGCCCCUUUGGACGAAUGGAAUGAGACUGAAGAUGACUUCCCGAAUGAGUUGGCAGAUACACCAGAAGAUUUAGAAGAGACGGGGAACAUUCUAGAUGAGUCUCUUGACAGUUUCAGUGAAAUCAAACAGGAGCCUUUUGACACAGGUUUUAAAGAUGCAAACGCUGUGUUAAUGGUGGAAGCUAACAAAAUGUCAUGGAACAUCAGCACAUUAUCGAAACUCAGUGAUGAUGACACUGAUGAUGAAGACCUAUUGGGAAAGCGGCUGCAAAUUGAUGAGACUGCUGACAGCAUUGAACCCAGUUUAUUUCCCCCAACUGAGACAUCAAUGAGUGAGGUGGCAACAAGUUCCGAAGCCACCGCUGCACCAGCUUUGUCAUCGAGCGCUACACUCACUGUCCAGUCCCCUCGUUCACCCUCAAAUAGUGCAGUCUUCCCAUCAACAGCAUGGAUCAACCAAGGCCUAUGCAGUCCUACUGCUCAAGAUGAUUCUGGCGUGUACACGUGUAGAGCAAUUGUCAGCACAAGCAUGGCAGAGUCAGGAGUAAUUGAGGAUAGCAACAAGACUUCAGAACUGUCCUUGCAGAAAUCAGAAUCCAGUUGUAUAUCGUUCCGUCAAAAGCCCCGCCCCCCAGUCCAGUUGGUCUACCCCAUGCACAAGCCUGAUUCGUCGAUGGCACCCAACAUGCCAGCAAGUAGCGUAACUUUGGCAAUGGUGUCUUCCACCAUGGAUACUGUGAUGGCCACUUCUGAGGAGAAUUCUCAGAAUGUCCUUUCGAGCACUUCGCAGCCUGUAACCAUGGUAAAUGUUCCCUACACCUCCCCCUCCCUACCUGCCAUACCACUGUAUAUGGGCAUGGUGGUCCCCCUCCAGCAGUUUGUGCACGGCAGCCAGGCUUUCAUCCCCCAGAGUGCAGCCAGACCAUCCAACAAUCAGGCAGAGUUUGCUCAGGGAAUGCCUCAUUCCAUAAGAACUGCACAUGGGUCAGAGCUGCCAACAACGACUACACAUGGGAUGAUUCCUUACACGAAGAAACGUGUCUUGGAUGGUUUAAAAACUGCUGUGGACAAAGAACCUAAAUAUUGUUCAUCUGUUAGCAAGUCAGUUACCACGUACAGAAAUAUCCAGCCAAAAGUGAUGACCAGUACACAAGGUAAAGGUCCUCCUCCUUUGUUAAGGAUAUCAGAUUCUACAUUUACGUCGCCAGGUAAGCAGGAAGCUUCUAUUAGUAUGGUAUCCAUGAAUUGCAAUGUACAAUCUGAAGGGAACAUGGCACAAACAAAAGUAGGCGUUUCUGCAUCCAAUGAAGCCCUUUUCACAGAUCCCAUUUCAAAUGAAAAAGCUAUAGAAACUGUUUAUGGGGCAGAUUUUGACGAAACUUAUGUAAAUGACGAUGACAUUGAUGAAGAUUUUAAAAAACAAAUGGAAGAAAUUGACCAAGAAAUAACACGAAAAGAAAAAGAGCAGGCAGAAAUGAGAAGAAAAAGACUUGAACUUAUUGAAAGAGCAAAACAAGAAAAAAUGAAAAUAAAAAGUACAAAUAUAACUCAGAAAACUUCAUGUUUAAAAGCUGCAGGAAGUCACAGUACCCUUACUACAAUACCGGAAAAUGCUGAUUGCAAACAUGAUGGGUCAUUUAUCAUGUCGCAUACUUUAUCUUCAAAUCAAACAUUUAAAAAUUCUGAUCAUUGUAGUAACCAAGUAGAUGUUCAUCAACAAUUGCAUACUAUAAAUAUAGAUACAGUUAAAUGUGAUGAAGAAAUAAAACCAGAGAAUCAAUUUGAAGAACCAAAUAACAAAACAGUAAAAGAUAAUACUUUUGCUAAAGCAGAAACCUAUGAACAUCAGGAGAAAAAUAGUUUGGUUAUGAAAAUGAUUGAUACCAAACCCAUGGAAAUAGAAACUUACAUAAAAAAUGAUCAAUUAUCAAGCACAGAAAUAGAAAUAAACAAUUCAGACAUGAAGAUGGAUAAAAUGGACACAGAUCAUGACAAUAACAUGGAAAAGGACAGAGUGGAUACUAAGAGGUCAGUAACUGAGCUGAAGGGAAAACAGUCUGAUAUAAAUAAGAAUGUUGACAACUCAGAUGAAACAAAAUCAGGGCCUCCACUUCUAUUAGAGGAAGAGCCUGUGGAUUUGUCAUCUUCAUCGUCUGAUUUAAACAAAUCAGCAAAUGACACACUUUCUUUUAAUGCCUCUUGUAUCGAGUCCACAUCAGCAUAUAUGCUAGAUGAAAAAUAUGAACAAGUUGAUGAACAGGUAACAUAUAUUGAAGAUAUAAGAAAAAUUAAUCCCUUCACUGGUGAAUCUGAGCUGUCAGAAACUAACUCUGACACUCUUCAAAUUUUAGAUGAUACUGGUGUUGAAACAGAAAAGCAGUCAAGUGACUCAAAAGUGAAUCAUUCCAAGAGAAAACAGGAAUAUAGCUUUAAAGCAUCAACUUUGAUUAACGAGAAUAUGUGUUUGGAUUUAUCAAAAGGCAGAAGUGUGGUUAAAGAGAAAGCCACGGGUGCAGAACAUAGUACAAAUAAUAUCAAUCAACCACAAAUAACUACAUCAGUUGAAGUUGUUGAAUCCCUUUCCAUGGUAGAUGGAACUUCAAUACUAAUUCAACAGACAGAAUCAGAUUCACUCUUUACUGAAAACAAGGCCAUUACUGCUAUGAAACAAACAAGUUCUUCAAGUAAAACAGUAAAUGAUAUGAAUUCAAUAUAUGACUUUCCUGGAGUAGAAGAUUCAGAUUUUGUUGACCUUACUAUUGAUAAUAAAAGAACACAAGAUAAAGACAAUGGCAGUACAGAACAUACAGACCCAAAGAAAAAAGCUGUCGGAAGCAGGCGUAUUAGCAGACGUAAUAGAACAUUAAAAGAACUGCAAGAGGAGGCAAUUCAACAGUUGGAAAAGCGAAAAAAGAAUAAUGUAUAUGACUUUGAUAAUCUAACUGUUGAAGAUUUGUCUUACACUAAAAAUCCAAAUUAUUUCCCGAAGACAUCACAUAUUGACAAACCACUGAAUAUGUAUACAUUGUCAAGAAAAAGAUCACAUGUUUCUGAAAAUGAUUUAAGUGGGAAAAACAAUGCUACUGAAGAAAAGGAACCAAAAGAAGCUCAUAUCAGAAUGCUUCAAUCACCUCCUAGAAAGAAACCAAAGUCAGCACCGGUUUUUGCUCAUACUCAGACGGUGGAAACAAGUAAACUUCUUGAUGUGCUAAGUAAGUGUGAAAAUCCACCUUUUCCUAUCCAUAGUGCUCAGUUAUGUUCACUUACAAGAAGAAAAACUCCAUGCUUUCAAAAUCCAAGAGAGACUUUCAAGAUAAAACCAAGAGAGAAAAGACCACUUAAGCCAGCUCAUAGCCAAAAGCCAUUUGGAAUUGCAGGCCAACUUAUUUCUCGCGUUUCUCAGAAGCACUCAUUUUCAAGAAGCCCUUUAAAGUCUGGAGUUUCCAUUAGCUCUUCAUCAUCUUCUAGUGAAAAGGUCGGCUGUAGGUUAACUGUUGAUGAGGAAAGUGAUAAGUCACCAUUCCCCAGUCAUAACCUUUCAGAUUUCAAGAGUGAUCGCUCUCCAAUCAAAGCACAUCAACCUCCAUAUGGCAGCUCUAACAAACACCACAUAACUAGAAUACUUAGACCUCCAACUUGUACUGAGCUCUGUGCAUACGGUGUAAAUAGAGACUUUAGUGUAAACCAGUCAGUUGAUGAGUUGUCAAGUGCUCUGGGUAAAGGCCAGCGGUCAGAACGGUCAGAGGAUGAUUCCUCCUCAUAUUUUAUUGACAAACAGCUUGUAAGCUAUGGUAGCAAGAGUCAGGUCAGAAAUGUAGCCCCGUAUGAUGCACCCAACAGCGGCCCUUUCUCCAGACCAUGUCAAAGCCAACAAGUGGCUUAUCAGCAGUACAGCCAUGGGCCAUCUCCAGAGGAGACCUUGAGGUGCUCCUUACCGGUGGAAGGUCCUAGCCAAAGUCCAGCCAGCCAGCAUAUUAGAUCCUUACCGUCGGAAGGUCCUAGCCUAAUUCCAGCCAGCCAGCAUAUCAGAUCCUUACCGGUAGAAGGUCCUAGCCAAAGUCAAGCCAGCCAGCAUAUCAGAUACGAUUUCGCUGGAAAGGAGGCUCCUGUUUCACCAGCUGAUUGUGACCUGUUCCCUAGAAGAGAUGUACAUGCCGAUAGGCGGAUGCAAGAUGCCUCUCCACAAGACACGUACCAGGGACCAAUUCAUAACUUACUUGUGGGAGAACAACUAUCAAACAGAUUUUCAAACCAACCAGCAAGUACUCAUAUGUUGCCAUCAAGCCAGAAUGCCAACCAGCAGAUGCAAAAAGGUCCAUAUCCAAACACGCAGCAGCAAAAUCCCACUUUUCCCCCUCCACCUUAUCCAAAGAGUCAACACACUUCUCAGUACUCUAUGCCGGGAUUGUCUCAGAGUACAGCCAAUCAAGCAUUUGACGUGAAUGCAUACGCUUCAAGAAUGAUGAAACCGUGCAUGGCAAGCACCCAGACAAUACCAACUCUUCCGAAUUCAAGUAUGCCUAUGAUGCAGAUGAGUAAGAAAGCAUGCUCUCAGCUGAUGCAGAGCCCACCAAAUCCAAACACUCCGAUGAUGCAGAUACCAUAUAAUCAAAACACUGCUAUAUUGCAAAUAUCCCAAAACACACAGAAUGGGAUGAUGCAGAUGCAUAAGCCAUCAAAUCCUCAGAUGAUGCAAUUGUCACAGAACCCAAAAACACCUGUCAUGAUGCCUAACGAAAUGAGUAACCCAAUGAUGCAAAUGCCCCAGUCUAUGGGAAGCCCAUAUACACACAAAAAUCCAGCUGUACAUAGGAUGCAGAGUAUUUCAAAUUCAAAUGCUGGUAUGAUGCAUUUGCCUUCCAAUGCAAACAUGCAGGGAGGGCAAGCAACACAACAAAUGAGACCAGUCUAUAAACCAAGAAUCCAGGGCCAACCUUUCAGACCUGGAAUACCUUCCAACCAACAACGGACUUCAAUGUUUCCAGGACGGACUGUUGACCAGAUGCUUACAGAUGAUGAGAGGGUGUUCACGAUGCAGCAGAUACGGGCAAAACACAUCCGCACCCAGCAGGCAAGCAUGAACCAGUUAGCAGGAAUUGGCGACAGAUUGGGCUCACUGGGGCACACGCUUACUGCAACAAAGUCAAGUGAAGCAGAACAGCAAACCUACCAAAAGACUUCACAGGAAGUUGGUGGCUAUCAAUCGUAUCCCAAAAGUCCCCGACCUGCUGGCAUGGGGAGUAAACCAUAUGUUGUGUCAUCGCAGAUGAACAAUAUCCCUAGUCCAUCAAAUAUGUCAGCUUGCCAUUCCCAACCAUCAAACAGUUCAAGCCGUCUACCUUCAGAGCAGCAGACGACAUAUUCUUCACCUUUGACCACUAACACCAGUCACACCAAUAUGUCCAGCCAGCAGGUGUGCAUUCCCCCAGUUUCCAUGGAACCCUAUCUUCAUAGAUGGGAAGGGGCAGGUGUCCAUAUGUCCCCAACACAGUCUCCGAUUUCUCAAAGGUAUUUCUCAACAAGCAACUUAUCCCCCAGUGACAGAGGGUAUUCAGGGGCAGCGAAGUCCACCGCACUCAGCCCGCUAGCUCCAUCCUCAACAUCAACACUGGGGUCUGUACCUGCCUAUAAAACAUCUUCAUGUGAUCAACAGUAUCCAGAUGCCCGACAACACCAUCAUGGCUCUUCACAAAACUACAAUAGUACCAACUACACAGCUACACCAUUAUAUGAAAAUAACCCAUUUCAAAGUAUGACAAAUGCAGAGCAAUCCAGCUCACAACAAUAUAAUACAACCAAGGACUACCGAAAUGUUGCCAUGGAGUCGUAUGCAAGCACACACAAUAGUCAACAGCCAUCUAGCAGAUCUCAUUUCAGUCAGCCUGGCUCUGGACCGCCUGGUAAUCAUACUAAGUCCAGCCAGCAGGCUUAUCAGUCCUAUGCCAUUGACCAGUUUCAAGCACAGAACAACAUGGAUGCCUCCAGUACCGGGCCACAUGGUCAGUUGGGAGGUCGACCAGUGUACGACUCAGUAUCCCCUGCACAUGAACAGGACCGCAACUACCAGGGCUAUACUCGGUCUCAAGGUUCUCAGUUCCAUGAACAGAGUGGGUACAGUCAUCGUCAGUCACACGGCACAGGUUCUCAGUUCAAUGAACAGAGUGGGUACAGUCAUCAUCAGUCACACGGCACAGGUUCUCAGUUCAAUGAACAGAGUGGUUAUAGUGAUCGUCAGUCACAUGGCACAGGUUCUCAGAGAUUUAUGCCAUAUCAUUCUGCCAGGGGUCAUGAUCCAGCCCAGUCUGCUACUGGAGGGCAAGAGCGCGCUGUGAAGGUUCGUAGAAGACGACAAAAAGGUGUGAAGAAAAAUACUGAUAUUCUCGAUGAAACUGUUGAUAAUGUUCAAGACCUUUCAAAUAAGAAAAUAUCAGACAAAGUUGAUACAGAGAUGUUGAAUGAGUCAACUGGAAACACUAAACAUGCUUUAGCAGGAAAAAAAAGAGACAUCAGUGUCAUUUCUCAGGAUGGCAAUCAAAAGGAGAGUGUUGUUCAAGCAAACAAAGAAGACAGACCAGUUACUCAGACAACUUCUAUUCAUCAAGACAUGGAAUUUGAUCCAUGUAUGGAAAGUAGUGUAACAAGAAAAACAAGUAAAGCAGCCAAUACAACCAUUGUGAGUGAAGAAAAAAAGCAGUCAAAUACAUGUAGUCAGAAUAAAACCCCAUCCCAUCAGAAUGCAUGCACUGUGGGACGUGUUGAUAGAAAUUGUAUUGAAAGUAACAAUACUGUGACUGAAAGUAACAAGACUAUGACACAGUCUUACAAACCUAGUGUAACAAAAGUGUCAGAUGAUGAUGAUGUGAUCAUUAUUGACAGGGAAAACUCCAAAGAGACUGGAAACCCUUGUGUAUCUGAAGGGCUAGGCCCACCGCUGUCUGUUGGGAGGGGACACCAGGUGUCUGAGAGGAGGGACCCUGGGGAUUCUGAAGGUGGAGGCCCUGGGAUGUCUGAGGGCGAGAGCCACAUGGUGUCAGAGGGCAGUGGCUCCAAGGUGCGGGAGGGGGGAGACCACCAGGUGUCAGAGGGGAUAGACCCCUGUAUGUCUGAGGGGGGUAGCCCUAGGGUGAUAGAGGGGGGCAAUAUGGAGGAGGACACUCCUCACCUGCAGCAGAUCCACGGCCGCUGUGUGCUGUGCAGCAAGUACGCCCUGUACCUGUGUAGCAGCUGCAAGAAAAUCUGGUACUGCAGCCCACACUGUCAGUUGGCUCACUGGCAGGCACAUUCUCCAGCGUGUGGGAUGUAGUUACCUUGUUGACUGACUGGCAGGCACAAUCUUCAGCGUGUUGGAUGUAGUUACCUUGUUGACUGACUGGCAGGCACAAUCUUCAGUGUGUGGGAUGUAGUUACCUUAUUGACUGACUGGCAGGCACAAUCUUCAGCGUGUGGGAUGUAGUUACCUUGUUGACUGACUGGCAGGCACAAUCUUCAGCAUGUGGGAUGUAGUUACCUUGUUGACUGACUGGCAGGCACAAUCUUCGGCAUGUGGGAUGUAGUUACCUUGUUGACUGACUGGCAGGCACAAUCUUCAGCAUGUGGGAUGUAGUUUCCUUCUUGGCUCACUGGCAGGCACAAUCUUUAGCGUGUGGGAUGGAGUUACCUUGUUGACUGAUUGGCAGGCACAAUCUUCAGCGUGUGGGAUGUAGUUACCUUGACUUACGUUGUGUAUUUUUGAGUGUGGGAUAAAAGGACCUACAUUUUGUCCUUGACCUACAUUGUGUGGCCUUGAACCCAUAAAACUGUUUUGUCUGGGCAACAUGUACCCCAUUUAAUGGUGUCAACAAAAAACUGUCACUGUAGUUUCUUACAUGUGCUUAUUAUAACGUGGCUGUUGUUUUGAAUAAAGAUUAUUUUUGUAUUUUGAUGGUUAUCUUUUAUUUAAGUAUUCAUUUAUUCUCUACACAAUGAAAUCCUGUUUGUUGUUUUGUGUUUGUUUGUUGUAAUGCUGUGUUUUAUUGCCUUGAUUUUCAUAUAAUUUAUAAAAGUGCCAUUGCUGUGUUUACUUUUUUGCAGAUAUUUUGUAUACUCAUAUAUUUAAUCCAAUUCAUUUGCUCAAAUGAUGUUUUCAUAUUGAAUUAGUAAAACUUGUGCAUACCUGAUUUAUGCUAUAUGAUUGAUUGAAUUAUUGUGUUUUAAAAACAUGAUUGCAAGAUAUAUGUUUUCGUGUUUAUUGUUAAAGUUAUUUCCUUGAAAAGUGAUGUAUCUUUUAUGUAUAUGUGUUUGCUUUUAAACUAGAGAGGCAUGUGUUGUUUGUUUUAUCCAACAUGAUAUAUAUUAUGUAUGCAAUCAAAUUAUGCAAAUCAAAAUUUAAAGAUAGCAUUUUACUCAGUAUUGGUUUUCAAAUUGAUAAUCAUUGUGAUCCAAAUGAAAUCUGUAAAUCAUUCUAUAGCAAGGUGGGUCAAAAAUAGUAGUAAUUUACAGUAAUUAAAUAUGUAGUGUUUAUUUAUUGAACAGGGUUUUUAACAAAGUUGAAAAGCCUGGUUAUUAGAUUAGGGCAUGAAAGAAGGGGGGGGGGGGAGUGUGAAACAUUUAGUUUCUGGUCCAGAACUUUAUUUGCAUAAACUGAUCUUAAUAAAUCCCUUUGUAAUUAUAUAUUGGUAAAUUUAUAGUUAGAAAACUAGAAAAAAGAACAGACUUUUUGAUAAUUUUGUUUAAAAAUCAACUUUCAAAUGAAACAUUUGUUGAAACAUUUAAAUGGAGAAUUAUCCAGAAACCUUUAACUGGCGAAUUUUGUGGCACUGUUGAUAUCUAUCUAUAUUGCAGAUCAGUUGUGAACAACAACACUUGGCUAAGGAAUAUUUGUAUAAGCAGGUGAUAAAAGUAAUCCUGAUCAUCUAUUUUGGUAAAACAGAUAUUUAUUGCAAAUUGUAUUACAAACUUUUGGCAAGUAGAUUCUUCUCAUGUAACACUCAUUUUCUAUUAGCUAAUCCUCUAUUUAUACUUUUUUGGACAUACCUCAAUGACAAGAGACGACCAUCAUAUAAAAAUAUCUUCUAAUGAACUCUUAUUUUUAUAAAUGGGUGUAUAUGAGCAUUUGUGUGAUUCUUGAGAUAUAAUGUAAAUAUUUUAAAUAGUUGCAGAAACUGGCAGUCUCAUAUUUUGCAUGAGACUAUGUGCACAAGAGUAUAAGUGCGUACAAGUUUAGCUAAGACACAUUGUAAUGACUUUCAUGAAGGUAAUGAGCGAAACCAUUCAUAUCGUUUCCUGUAUUUAUAUUGAGGUAAUUUUCAUGCAAAUGUUUUUCAUGCAAGUUUAUGUAAAUAAUUGUCUUAAGGAUGCCUUACUUGAUCCGAGUUUUGGUAGGAAUACAUGUACAAGUUUAAGUAAAUUAAUCAUCAUGGAUUUGUAAUAUCUAACUGCAGAAAUGUAGAAGUACUAAAAAUUUGGCAAGAAUGCUGUUUGUUUCAUUUUUUGUGAUCAGUCAUCCAACAGUCAUUGAUAUUGCAUUUUAACUGCCAUGAUAACAUCAUUUACAGUGAAUACACUAUAUCUGAUCUAAGUAAAAAAUGUUAAAUUGAAUAUUCAUCCCUUUCCUACUUCAAAUUGCUGGCUAAUUGCAUCUGAUACAACAAUUGACUAUAUCAUGAGGAUGUAUCUGAUAUCAGUAAGAAAGUUGGAUAUCUGAUCCAACAUUUGGCUAUAGCAUUAGGAUAUCUGAUAUCAGUAAGAAAGUUGGAUAUCUGAUACAACAUUUGGCUUAAGCAUGAGGAUAUCUAUAUGAUAUCAGUAAGAAAGUUGGAUAUCUGAUACAACAAUUGGCUAAAGCAUGAGGAUAUAUAUGAGAUCAGUAAGAAAGUUGGAUAUCUGAUACAACAAUCGGCUAUAGCAUGAGGAUAUAUCUGAUAUCAGUAAGGAAGUUGGAUUAUUAUGCCUCCACUUUCGAUUGAUGAAUGGCAUCAGACACAACUACCAUCUUAAGCAAAAUGGUCUAGCAAUCUGUUUCCAGCCAGAAAUGUGCAUGAUCAUUGCAACACUGCCUUGCUGAAUUUGCUUUGAAUGAUAACUAAAGGCUCUCAUAUCAGCAGUUUGCUGAUUAAACUUCUACCACUGAAGAAGCUGGUACAUUGAUUUUUAUUGUCAAGUAUUUAUGUAUCAUACAUCCAUGACAUAACACAUUUAUAAUCUUAUUACACAUUGAUUAUGGUAUUAUGAUAUUUCAGGCAUUUCAAAUGUCUGAUUCUAAACUCAAAUCUGUUUUACACACUACGUUGAAGAAUGUAUGAUGCGCAUUUUAUUUAUUAAGAAUAAUACAACUGUUUUUGUUUUAUUAUGUUUGUAUUUGUUUAAGAUUAUUGAUACUUAUGUGUUGUCUGUUUUGUAUUUUAAACUAUAAUAUAUUCUUUUUAAGGCAAAUGAAUAUUUAGUUGUCAUUAAUGGUUCUCAGCACCAUGGGCAUUAUCCAUUCUUGAUACUGUUACUUACAAAUAAUUAUGUUUGUGGCAUUUGUUCGUCUAUUGUUUGGUAAUGUAUAAUAUCCCAUUUCUUAAUGCUAUUAACAUAUUUCUUCUAGUGUUUCAUUGAGGACAUUUUAAAAUUUGAUUACUAUGUGUGAACUGAUCAUGACAUUGCAAUAUUUUGUAAAUUAUCAAUUGCACAGUGUGCUUUUCUAUUCUAUUUAAAGGGGCCUUUUCACAGAUUCUGGCAUUUUUUUAACUUAUUCAUUAAAUGCUUAAAAUUGAUAAAUGUAAACAUUGGAUUGUAAAAGCUCCAGUAAAAAAUCAAGAAAAAAAUUAAAAAAAGGAAAAGAACAUUGCCCGGUGCAGGUUUCGAACCAGUGACCCCUGGAGUCCUGCCAGAGUCCUGAAGUAAAAAUGCUUUAGCCUACUGAGCUAUUCCGCCGAGUACACAUUCUUGACGUAUUUUAUACCUUAUAUAAGCAAUCUUCGUAGUUUCACAAAAUUUAACGACAAAAACAGAACUCUCCAAAUUAUUCAAUCGUUUCGCGUUGCAACGCUUUAUAAUUUUUAGGUUUUAAAAUCGUCAAAAAAUGCAUAUAAUGGCUAUAUUAGAGCAUGGUUAAUGUUCAGUAUUACUGUUUCCUCACAAAUAUCAUAACUAAAACGAAAACUUACGAAUCUGAAACAACUUUUUUCAAUUUUGUCAAUUUACCAAAGCGUGAAAAGAUCCCUUUAAGCCAUACUCAAGGAAAACCAUGUGUUUUCUGCAUUUUUCUAUAUAACAUCCACAGUGUUCUGUUAUACUGUUUUCUUUGUGGUUAUUUAUUUUAAAUAGCUAAUUAUUAAGUGCUAUAUAUGUGUUGCUCUAAGGUGGUUUAUAUACCAGGCAUACUGACAUUGCUGGCAUCAUGAUGCAGUGACCACAUAGCAGUGUUGUGUGAAAGGAAUAUUAAAUGUUUUUGUGGGUUUGGAAAUGGGAAAAUAUUGUCCAUUUACUUUUUAUGUCACUUAUUUUUUUAUUAGAAUUUCAUUGUUCAAAUAAAUGUUUGUCCCAUACUGCAAACAGCAACAUAUUAAAAGUGUCUUUGUGAUUUUAGAAAUGAAUAUAUGGAAAUACUUUUUAGUAAAAAGGUCCGUAUUUUAGAAAAUGUGUUAUAAAAACUAUCUUACCAAGCAUCAGUUUUAAACUCAGGUAACUCGUGCCUUAGUUUUGCAAAGUAAUAGAACACAAGAAAAUGUUGAAAAGACUAAAGUUUUUGUUAACAUUUAUUUUCUCUGCAUAUUUAUCUUGUUCUGUAAUACAAUCUUUUAUCAUCUCGUUGACUGUAACCUAAGUGACGCUUGAAAUUGUGCACAUGUCAUGAUUGUCUAUAGCAGACAUAGUCCCAAAAUUGAUAGAAACACUGAAUCUCGUACCAGUGUAAUGUAUUUUAAUUGAACUGGUUAAAUGUAUAACUUUUAGUUAAGCUAACUGCUCAUUCAUUUUUAGGCCAUAUCUCUAUCCAAUUUAUUACCUAGCCACACACUUUUCAGCAAUUCUAAUAUUGUUUAUUUAUUGUGUUGCCUUCAACUGUAAAAUAUAUAUGUGUUUUCCUUUUUUUGCCAAUACUUUAUUGACUGCCAUAUUACUUUGUGCAUUUGUGUGGUGGGGGGGGGGGGGGGUUGAGCAUCUAUAUUGGUUUGUUACAUACAAGAUUCACCUUUUACCACAGAGCUAAUGUUCGUCUUAUUUUUUUAUAUGAGCCUCGUACUUUGAAAAUGGUCAUUAUGCAUUUGUGUAAAGUGUUGUCCCAGAUGAGCAUGUGUAGUCUGCAUAGGCUUAUCAUGGACACAACCUAUUGCUUUAAUGGCAUUGUUCAUUUGAAUAAGUCUCCUCGAAUCAAAAUUCCAGUCUAGACUGAAAGUGUUGUCCCUGAUAAGCCUGUCAGACACUUUACGCACAUGAAAGUGUUGUCCCUAAUAAGCCUGUCAGACACUUUACGCACAUGAAAGUGUUGUCCCUGAUUAGCCUGUCAGACACUUUACGCACGUGAAAGUGUUGUCCCUGAUUAGCCUGUCAGACACUUUAUGCACAUGACUGAAAGUGUUGUCCCUGAUUAGCCUGUCAGACACUUUAUGCACAUGACUGAAAGUGUUGUCCCUGAUUAGCCUGUCAGACACUUUACGCACAUGAUUGAAAGUGUUGUCCCUGAUUAGCCUGUCAGACACUUUACGCACAUGACUGAAAGUGUUGUCCCUGAUUAGCCUGUCAGACACUUAACGCAUAUGCAUUUAGCCCUCUUUUCCCAGAGUGUGGCUCUUAUGUAUAACAUGUGCUUUGUUUAUUAUAUGUAUAACAUGUGCUUUGUUUAUCUUAUGUAUACCAUGUGCUUUGUUUAUCCCACACAGUGUGUACAAGUAACAUUCCAUUUGUUUUAUGCAAAUGUGCCAUUGAAGUGUAUGGAGCAAAUGUAUUAUGUCAAGAUUAAAUAUUGUGCCUUAUUGUUGUUUUUGUUUGUGCAAGAAAGCAUGAAUUUAAAUUUAUUUAAAAUGAAUUUUCACAUUAAAUAUCAAAGUUAA